AUGGCUAAACUAACGGAAAAAGAAAGGGAACAAGAAUUAUUUAAUCGCGUUGAAAAAAGAGAAGCUCUGAAAACACGUUACACAAUCGAAAUGAAACUAAGAAAGGCAAGGAAAGAUGAACGAAAGAAAAAGAAGAAUAUAUUAGCAGCCAGUGCAUUAGAUCGCCAAGAUAGACGGCGUGCAAUGAAGCGAAAGCGUGAUAAAGAACUUGAAAAAAUAAGAAGCAGACGCGAAAAAAGGAUUUCGAAAAAACCAGCUGAACCUACUACUUUUAUGCAAUCACGUCGCCACUUGACAACAAGUGAUGUCUUUACCGAUGAUGACGAUGACGAUAUCAGAGGUACUUCAAAAUCCGAUACUGAUAAUUUCAAAGAUGGUUAUUCGCCAAUACGACAUUAUGAUUCUCCGCAAUCAGAAAUCGUCACUUAUAUAACAACAAGAGCUCAAUUAUCAACAAUUAGAUUAUCCAGAAGCAAGUUAGAAAGAUGGGUUCACAUGCCUUUUUUUGCAGAAACUGUAGUCGGAUGCUUCGUUCGCGUCGGUAUUGGAAGUCACGAAGGAAAACAAAUCUACAGGGUAGCUGAAAUCAUAGAUGUUAUUGAGAGUGGUAGAGUGUAUAAUUUAAAUAAAACAUCGACGAAUAAGGUGUUACAUCUAAGGCAUGGACUAGAUGAGCAAAAUUUUAGAAUGGAAUAUGUAUCAAACAGCAAUUUUACGGACAAUGAAUUUCUUAAAUGGAAGACAAAGAUGAAAGAAUUGGAUCUUAAUUUGCCAAGCCAAGACGAUGUUGACAAGAAAAAGGAAGAUAUUAUAAGGGCUGCUAAUUAUAACUUUGAUGAUGCUGACAUUGAUGAGAUUAUCGCCGAAAAAGAUAAGUUUCGUAAAAAUCCUUCCAAUUUCGCAGUGAAGCAAAGUAAAUUAGAGCAAGCAAUGGAAGCUGCUCAGUAUCGUGGGGAUGAAGAUGAAGUUAAUCGUAUUAAAUCAGAGAUUGAAAAUUUGGAUAAAAAGGCUGAGCAAAUUAGCAAAUGGCGCUCCCAAAGGCUGGAUCCAAUAAUGUCUAUUAAUCAGAGGAAUCGCCAAAAAAACUUAGCAGAAAUAGAGAAAGCUCUAGCUAGGGAAGUUGCAUCGGAUGGUGUUUGUGCCGACCCAUUUACUCGGAGAAAGUGCCAGCCAAUUUUAGUCAGCAUGGUAAAGGACGUACAAAAUGUCUACACUAGUAGCCCGACCAAGUCCUCUAAUAAAUUGCCAAAAUCUAAUUUAAUGGAAAAUAGUAAUAUGUCUGAAUCAUCCAUUGGGCAAACGCCGAUCGCAGCUGAGUUGAAUAAUAUAUCUUCGCAAGACUUGGGUGCGUCGCCUAAAUUAGAAGGUCAGAAAGAAGUUGUGAACUUGUUUAGUGCCCACGACUUUGACGUGAAAAUUGAUAUCGAUGUUGGUCCGCCAGCCCCAGGAAUAUCCAUUCCUCGGAAGCAGACAGAUAAUAAAGCAGCAAAUCAGGGAACAUCAAGAAGAUGCUUAAACCUUAGCGAUUAUAAGAAACGAAAAGGAUUAAUCUAA